AUGGUGCUAGAUCCAAGUACAAGCCUUGCAGUAGUGGGCAUCGUUAUUCAAUUUGUCGAUGCCGGAUGCAAAUUAUUCUCGAAGAGCCGUGAAUUCUACAAGUCAACAACAGGGGCUUUGGCGGACGACAUUGAGCUCCAGUCGAUUGCCCGGCAGCUUGAGGAGUUGGCUGGAAGUGCUCGCUUUCUACCCAGUCUCUCUGACAGCCCGGGAGCUUCCCGUGGUGAAAAGCUCUUGUUAGAGAUUUCCCAAGGUUGCCAGGAACAAGCAAAAAAGCUAGACGACAUUCUCCGCCCUCUGAGGACAUCUGAGGCAAGUGCUGCGAUUCCUUUAUUGCGUACAACAGACGACCACACUACAAACAAAAAAUGGGAGGCAUUUCGAUUUGCCUUACGACGGAUGAGAAAGUCGGGAGAGAUUGAUCGGAUCGCGAAAAGACUGGAUACCUACGGGCAGCAGUUGAACUCUUGCUUAACCAUGAUUUUCUGUGAUCAAAACUCGACGAUAUGGAAGUCUAUGCAACAGUUCUACGGGUUAAACUCGGAACAGUCGACAAUAUUUACUUCUCAAGCUCCAGCCAUCAGGGAAACAAAUGAGGGUGUACAGAAACAGCUGAAAAGCAUUAGUCAGGCAUUGAACAGCAUGCGAGAUUAUAAUGCUGAAAAUGAAGGUCUCAAAUCUUGGAUUCGAUUUCGCACAUCUAACACCGAUGGAUUUGACGAAACCAUAGCGAAUCUGGAGGAGUGGUUAAAAGCCAGUGAGAAUCUUGCAAGGCAGCUCAAAUUGUUGGACAGUCUUUCUUAUCGGGCCAUUCAGGAGAGACACUCGCAAAUUCGAGAGUCGCACACGCAAACAUUUGAAUGGGCGUUUGAUACGCAGCUUUCAGCAGACAAGUUAUCCCAAUCCUCUGUGUAUGAGUGGCAAAAGAGCGGAGAUGGUAUAUUUUGGGUUUCGGGCAAGGCUGGAUCGGGGAAAUCUACCUUGAUGAAAUUCCUCUGUAACCACAGCCUGACUCAUCGUGCUCUUCGUCUAUGGGCGGGACGUGAUCAAUUGAUGACGGCUAGUUUCUUCUUUUGGAAUUCCGGAACUACUCUUCAAAAGUCGCAGGAAGGCCUUAUUCGGUCACUUCUUCAUGAGAUUCUUCAAAAACAUCCGGCACUCAUCGAGCAAGUCUUUCCAUCCGAAUCACACGAGGAGAGUGAAGGCUCCACCAACAGCAAAAUGACAAACAUGUGGUCGCGCUCGCAGUUGAUCAACGCUUUUCAUCGAUUAGCAAAUCAAAAAAUCUCCUCAUCUAAGUUUUGCUUUUUCAUUGACGGACUUGAUGAAUACCAAGGGGAUCAUGUUGAGCUUGUGAACUUGCUAUGCAAACUAGUUCAUUGCAACGAGAAUGUUAAGAUUAUGGUCUCAAGUCGGCCAUGGAAUGCAUUCCAAGUUGCCUUUGGAGACGGCAAGUGCUCUUCUCUUCGCUUAGAAGAUCUCACCAGAAACGAUAUCUCGCUUUAUGUGCGUUCCAAGCUAGAAGAACACAACCUAUACCGCAAAUGCAUCCGUGAAAAGACCCUUGAAGGGAUCAAUCUUGUUCAUGAAGUUGUGAAAAAAGCCAAUGGCGUGUUUUUGUGGGUUUAUCUCGUUGUUCGUUCAUUGCAACGUGGACUGGAAAAUGAUGAUCGGCUGCCUGAACUGCACAGAAGGCUUCAAGCAAUCCCAACAGACCUAGAAAUGUACUUUGGGCAUAUGCUCGAAAACAUCGAUCCUUUGUACAAAUUUGAAGCAGCGAAAUGCUUUGAUAUUGCCCUACAAUCAAAACGGGCCUUGACUUUACUGACUUUCUCUUUUCUGGACGAAGAAGAACCUGUUCAACUUGCUCUUGCUUCACCAAUCAAACAAAUAACACUUAGUGAAGUGAAAUCACGACAUCAAACAAUGGCUAAGCGGCUCAAUGCCCGAUGCCAAGAUCUCCUCGAGAUUAUUACCGAAAAGGAAUUCCCCAACACGAAUACUCGAGUCAUCUGUAGUUCUGGUUCAAAUGAGACUUUUGCGGCACCAAAAGACUUCCAGCUUUACCGGGUUGAUUUCUUGCAUCGUACAGUUCGAGAUUUUCUCAAUGCUGCGGAAAUGCGCGAAAUAUUUUCCAGUCGUCUGCCGCCCACCUUUGAUUCGGCAACAUGGCUAUGCGCGUCGUUCGUACAGCAAUUGAAAUCGGCCCUUGUUAAAGAGAGAUCUUCGGAUUUUGAUCUACUUUUCGUGACUCUGUUCGAUAACGCCAUGCAUUUUGCCCGCGAAUCUGAGAUUCGGGAACAUAACCCAAGGUCCCAGACAGACCUUCUCGACGAAUUGGAGCGUGUCGGUGCAAUAUUUUACAAGAACAUUGGGCCCAAAUUUCUCAAAAUCUUCUUAGAUUUCCGGACACCUGACACUGUAUCAGGGUGGGCAAAAAGAUUCGAGGAGAUCUACUUGGAAAUAUGUGUUAAGAAGGACCUUUUGAUUUAUGUGCGAGAGAGGCUUGACGAAGGCCCCGAAUCGGAAAAUCUUGAGCAGAUCAAUUCAUUGUUGCUGUGUGCACUAUUUCCACGCACGAUGCAAAAGCCCACAGAGAGCGGUUUCGAAGUCCCAAAUCCAAGGAUGGUACAGCUAAUCCUAGAUAAAGGAGGAUCUCCGAACUGGAGCUAUGGUCAGAACACAACUACAUGGCUAUGCUUUAUCAAUUUCCUUGCGAGGUCAUGGGCCAACACGGGCAUUAACAGUCGUAAAGUACUGUUGAGUGUCAUAAAACAGCUCUUGGACUACGGUGCUGCCAUCUCCAGUGAGCGCGGGCCAAAGGCUGCCUGGGUUGAAUUCCUGAUAAUGGAUGGGAGUAAUUGGGAGUAUCGCGGUGACUCUGAGGAGUUCCAAGCGAUGCUUUGUGACCUGGUUGAUAUUACGGCUGCUCGUGUCGAUGUCAAUAUUUGUCACAAGGGCUGCACCGUUUGGGGACAUUUCGUCAACAAUUUACCUGAGAAAAUGGCUCGAAGGACAAAGCUUCGGAUUCUCCGAACGAUACAAACAUUCUUGAGAAAUGGCGCAGAUCCCUAUUUUGACUAUACGGCUGCUCUGGUUGAAUACGACCCGAGGUCAAAACAGCGAGGAGAACAACCUAUAGGAUCCAAGCUUUUACAAAAUUUUACUGAAUCCGAACUUGUUUCCUGCGGCAUGCCACUUGAUUCUAUUCAAGUACUUGAAUCGAUUGAAUCUGACAGAUUUCGCUCUAGUACUGCUUCCCAGACGGAAAUUAAAAGUGGAAGUUGGUGGACUAACGUCCCCAAGCUAUGGAAAUGGGGCGGGGGUUAG